GAUCUGGAGGUAUCAUCAAGCGAGAACUCUCCGCGCGUCGCAUUGUGCUGCGCUCCGGUUCCAAAAUUCUAUCGGGACGUCCAAUACCUCUUGGGAUUUUCCAUAUAUCAGUUUAUAUAUAUUCCAAGUGAUAGCGUUAUCUGUAAUUCAAAGCGAAUUCAUUGGUAUUUUCGGAUUGUCGAACUGUGAUGCUUGCGGAAUAGAAGUUCAGCUGCAUCUGUUGGAUAAAAAGAGCGAAAUGGGGAAGGAAAUACUCAUGUGUCGAGAUGUUUUGUGGAUCCUCGUGUUUUGUGGCUUCGCUAUAAACUACAUGCUCAGGAUAAACCUCAACCUGGCGAUAGUGGCUAUGGUCGUCCCAGGGACGAAAGGGCCCGCGAUAGCUGAAUGUUCACUCCACAAUAUCCCCUGGAACAGUCCCUCCAACAAAUCUCUUUAUAUGUUAACGUUUCCUACAGUCGCUCAAAAGUCUAAGACAGAAUCCCUGUUCCACUGGACUGAAUAUGAUCAGGGUUUAGCUUUAGGUGCUUACUACUGGUUUCACUGGUUAACGCAAUUGCCUGGUGGCCUAUUAGCGCGUAAGUAUGGAACAAAAAUGGUCUUUGGAAUGGGAAAUCUGGCAACUGCAGUUCUCGGUUUACUCAUUCCAUUUGCAACUCAAUAUCAUCUUUAUGGAUUGGUGGCCAUCCGUGCUUUGCAGGGAUUGAUUUCUGGCGUCAUAUGGCCCUCCAUGCACGACAUGACCGCCAAAUGGAUUCCUCCGAUGGAGCGGAGCAAAUUUGUCAGCGCUUAUCUAGGCAGUUCCGUGGGCGCUGCCAUUACCUAUCCCCUCUGUGCAUUCAUCAUCGAUUGGAUGAAUUGGAGAGCUGCUUUUUACAUCACUUCUAUCAUCGGUAUUAUCUGGUAUUGUUUCUGGUACUUUUUGGUCUACAAUACCCCGAAGGAGCACCCGAGAAUCAGUCUGGACGAGUGUUCCCACAUCGUGGAGAGCCUAGGAGACACUCUGUCCAGUUCCCACACUUUAUCUAAAGUUCCCUGGAGAGAAUUGCUCCUCUCCGGUCCCGUCUGGAUAGCGAUUGUUGCCCAUUGGGGUGGCGUUUGGGGGUUCCUCACGUUCAUGACCCAAGCACCAUCCUACUUCAAUUUCGUCCAUGGAUGGAACAUCAAUGCAACUGGCUUCCUAUCUGGACUUCCCCACGUUCUUCGCAUGAUUUUCUCCUACCUGUACUCAAUCCUGAGUGAUUGGCUGUUGCGGACCAAGAAAAUGUCCCACCAAAACGUCCGAAAACUCGCGAAUUUUGUCACGACUGGAGGAGGAGCCAUUUUCACUCUGGGAUUGAGUUUUAGUGGAUGUCAACCUAUCCUCGCGAUUGUCUUCAUGAUGGCGGGAACUGCGAUUAACGGCGCUGUGUCGGCAGGAACGUUGGCGGUGUUUGUGGACCUCAGCCCUAAUUUCGCGAGUGUUCUGCUGGGAUUCUGUGGAUUAGUAACUACUGCCGCUGGAUUCAUAUCUCCUCUGAUCGUCGGAAUUCUCACGAAUCACCGGCAAACGAUAGAACAGUGGCGUCUGGUGUUUAUGAUAGCAGCAGCAAAUCUCACAAUCAGCGCUAUUGCUUACCAAUGCUGGGGGACUGCUGAGGUGCAACCGUGGAAUGAGUGUAAUGAACCUUUGGGCGGGGGUUCCCCCAAUGAACUGACCAGUUUGAAACCUUUGAAGAAAAAGAAUGAAUCUAAUCAGACUGAUAAAGAAACUGUAUGAUGACUUAGUGAUUAGUUCCUGGGAAUCUAUUUUCGAGUUGAACUCGAACGUACGAUUUCAAUUCGAGAAUAGGCUCCCAGAUGUUUCCAGUUUAGGUGAAAUUAUUUGACAGAUCUUCCUAGUUUCGUUAUCGACGGCAGGGAGCUACAUGACGAUUGACUUGAAUAAAAGAACUAAUUUGACUGUGAAA